GGCGCUGCCGAGCCCGCCCAGCGCUGCCGGGAGCCUGGGACGCUAUGGCGGAGGCCUUGGGCGCUGGGCCCGAGUUCCGCCGCCCGGCGCCGCCGCCGCAGACGGGCUGGGAGCGGCUCAGCGAGCUCUGGCAGCGCGACGAGCGGCAGCAGCUCCCGGAGGAGACGCUGAACAUCUUCAGGGCAGCCUUCACCGCGGGGGUGGCCGGCUGGCUGUACGGCGGGCUGCCGGCAUUCCGCCAGGCCAGGAAGGCCUUCAUCGAUGGCAGCCACGGCGAGCUUUUCCAGAACCGCGCCGAUGCGGUGCAAUCUGCACAUCGGGCUGGGCUCAGGAGUUUCCUCCGCUAUGGCUGGCGCUGGAGCUGGAGAGUGACUGCUUUUGUGACAAUAUUCAACGUGGUGAGCACCGGGCUGGCUGCCUACCGCGACAAGACCACCAUCGGUAAUUUUGCUUGGGCAGGAGCCUUCACAGGAGCCCUUUUCCGAAUGAACUUGGGCCUGCAGGGACUGGCAGGUGGCUUCGUGUUCGGCACAGUAUGUGGGAUCCCUGCAGGAGGCCUCUUAAUAAUGAUGCAGAAGCUUGCUGGUGAGACCUUGCAGGAGAAGAGAAAUCGGGAACGCAGGGAGCUGUAUGAGCAAAAGUUAGCAGAGUGGCAAUCCAGGCUCGAUGUCUUAGGCCAAACAGAAAGCAAUGCCCAGGGAGAGUCAGAGACGAGCAAGAGAAUCUAAGAACUACUGAGUCUUCCCCAGACCUCUGUUGUAAGCAGCUACAAAGACUUGGAAUCUGCUCACAUUAAGUCUUCAGUCCAGGGGUGAUGGAAGUCUUCUGUGAAUGCAGCUAUGUCCUAUGCACUUGUGAAAAAGCAUUUUGCUGAAAACAUCCGUGGAUGUGUACUACUGUACAAGAGCUUGGAAGUGCCAAACAUGUUCCACCUGGAUUCAGGAAAAGCCUGAAAUGGAGACUCUGCAGACUAGAAACCACCACCUAGGUUUGGCAGGGGUCAGUGGCUCCCCAGAGCCUUGUCUGGAACCCAUUUCACUGCUGACAACGCCCAAACCACCACUGAUGCAGAAAUAAUGGAGAGUGUGAAUAGUUUAGAUGCUAAAAGUACCCUUGUUCCAAAAGCCAAUAUGCUCUGCAGAAAGCUGCUCUUCAAACAGUGCAGUCAGUAGCAGUGGAAGUGGUUCUCCUCGUCACCCCCCUGACACAGCCUGGCUUGGCCUAGGCUCUUUUAAUCGUGGGGGUUUCUUCAGGCCUCUCAUUGCAAAAGCCCCACACUUGUUUGCUACAGUGCUUGGAGUCUUUUGCUGUGUUGGGGAAGGGUGGAGGAGCUGGGAAUGAUAUGGAAAUACCCUGAAAAGGACAUAGUUUGGGUUCCUCAAUGAAGUGUGGUUAAGGAGGUUACAGAAAAUGCUGACUUGUGGGGUGGUGGUGGAAGAAUUGAUGCUGUGGACAGUUUUAAUGAUGAUGAAAUGGCCUCAUUUGAAGAUUGGGAAUCAGGGGAUUACCUUUGGAGGAAAUGUGGUCAAAGACACUCAAUAAAGCUGUCUAGCAGUG